UGCCUGAGCUCGUGCCGUUCCCCAACGGGCUCAAGGGACCACCGAAGCACAGCAGUGCCCCCCGUUCCACUUCGUCACCUCCUAUAGAACAGCCCAGCUCAGCAACACGACGAAGACCGCCUCUUCCUCCUCAGGAGAUGAGUUUCCGCGAAACCUCUGCCAAGUCCAAGAUUCCUCCACCUCCGGCGCCUGCACUAACAAUUACUAGCGAAUUACCGCCACUUCCGACAUGGAUUGAAAGGCAAUCAAAUCUACCCCCUUCUGGGCCGCGUGCGGCAAAACGCAACAGGCAGGUCUCGACGAGUGGAGAUGUUUUUGACGAUUUGUCUUCGACUUCUCCUUCUUCUAGGGCGCAUCCACCUCCUGCAAGCGGAUAUGGUAGAGAAAGUAGGGAUAAUGCUGUGGAAAAUGCUGGUAACCCCCUACCAAAAGGCCCACGAGCGUUGCGCCCGCCUACGUCUGAAUCCACUGCUCAAGGAUGGAUUAGGGAGCGAUCUCCGCCGAGUAUGUUUGGUGCCGAAGGUCAUAUGAGAGGCUUUGAAGACCAGAGCCGAGGGUCGAUGUAUCCUCAUCCAAUGGAACGAGGACAGGGUCGGCCUCCACGCGGUCGUGGAGAGUUUUCUAGGCCUACGUUGUCUGGAACUAACAGUCUUCCUCUUGGAAGUAGAAAGAGUCUUGGUGGACCCCUGCCCUCGUCGUCCGGAGGGGAUGCUCCUCCCUCCUCAGGGAAGUUCAUGGAUUCUCGCCUUCCGGAUGGCAAUAGCGGGGGACUUCCGAUGAGGAAACCAAGAAAUGCGCCUGGCCCGUCGGAUUCUCGGAUGCAUGUGGAAGUUGAAGUUAACCCUCGACACAGAGUGUCCGAUAAUGGCUAUCCGCAUAGACUGAGAAAUGAAGAGCCUCGCAUUUCACCUCAGGAGCCUCCUCCAAAUCUCCAACGAUACGGUCAGGAACACCCUUCCCUGUCUUUUGAACGACGAGGCGGAGAGAGAAACAGGGAUGAGCCUCCUCGUCAGUAUCCUCGCCAAGACAAUUUUAGUACCAGUCCAAACGAUGAACACCGACCAGCGACUCCACCUCCUUUGUCGAGAGAUCCCUCGCAGUCUCAUUCAUGGGAAGGUUCUCGGGGUUCUGUACGGUAUGACAAGGAACGAGAGGGUGGUCGGAGAGAACGAUUCAGAGGCCGAGAUGAUAGAGGACUACCGCCUCCUGCCCCGCCUCUUGAGGAGCCUGUACGAAAUGACGUUGAGAGGGAGAGGGAAAGACCUGUCAGCCCUAGUACCUCCCGUCUACCUCCUGGACACGGUCUCCCUAACAAACCGGAGGGACUACCACCUCGACCGAGACGUGAUGAUAUGGACGUUGAUGACGGACGGUAUCUAAGGGAUGGGUUUGAGGAGCGACCGUUGUUGAGACGCGGUGAGAUAGAGAUGAGCUCGUGGACCCAGCCGACGAUGAUUCGAAGAAGAGACGAAGAAACCACAAGUCAAGGAGAGGUGGUGGUGGUAAGAUGAGGGUCUAGGUUGCUAAUCGUUCUUUGUCCGGAUGUCGUUACCGUGUUACGUACAAAAUACUAUUGGUACAUACUACAUAUGAGUUACAUUAUAGCAUGUGUUCUUUGGAUUAUAUAAUUCACAGAGUUGCUCAAGUUCAGACCAACUAUUGGUAUCUGUGUACUAUGUACCAGGAAGUUGAACUCACCGAUUCUCG